ACCCCCCCCACCAAGAGGACCUCGCCCCCCAAGACCCCCCCCACCAAGAGGACCUCGCCCCCCAAGACCCCCCCCACCCAGUGGCCCAAGACCCCCAAGACCCCCCCCACCAAGAGGCCCCAGGCUGGACCAACACCCUCCAGGACCUCUCCUGACCUGCUCCCCCCCGCCAGCUCCAGGGCGAAGACGGAGGCUGAACAGGAAGAGGAUGAGAGGGAACCGCCCCCACCUUCAGCCUCCUGUCCACCCAGGAGGCUGAAGGGGGGGAAGGUGCUCUGAUUUGAGCUCACAGACUAUAUAUAUAUACGCUAAAUGUUAACCUUUAGCUCUUUACCCCAGGUUCUGAUUACAUGGCUUUGACUCAUUACUGUUAUUUGAUGAUAAAAUUAUGUUUUCUAUUUAGUGUACUUUAAAGGAUUCAUCACACUUUUUUGUUAAGAAUUUUCAACAGACAAUAAAUGGUUUUGUACUCCUUGAUGUAAAUAGUUCCCUUUUACACAAAAAGGACUCAAGACAAUGCAAUAUAAUUGGUGUUUCAUUAACAUCUGAGUUAAGCCUACUUAAUCGACCAACUAAGCACUUUAAACUGACUAAUCAAACUACCAAAAACACUUGAAUUGUGCUAUAAGGGCAAAGAUAUUAUUGAUUUUAAAACCGUUCCCUCCCCCCAAAUAAGCAGGGUUAAAAAGCGGGGUUAAAUAAUGUUUUUGUCCUCGGGUUUGUCGUCCUCUCUCUGAAUAUCCCGGUCUACAGCAACGCCAUUUCCGGUCCCAUGUAGCCUACGUCUGUUUAGGGCAGUUAACUGCCUCCGGAACGAGAAGAAUAAGGAAAGGAGAAGAACAACAAAAACGACGGAGACAAGGAGGAUAGAUAUUGAGGUUUGACAAAGAAUUUAAAAUAGCAAUAUCCGAAACACUUGAAGGAAGCGGGUAUCAUUCUGUCGAAAGACCCGCCCUCUCCCGCCGCUAAACCCAUUUAACUAAAGUCCCGCCCUCUGGUGACUCAACGCACAUUUGGAGGAUCUAUUCCCGGGCGGCUAUAUUUUUUACGUAGGAUAAGUCUUGGAUUCUUGCCUCUGAUCGGUUAGAUGGGCCCCCCUUUAGAUCGUGUUUCGAUGAGUCCUAGCUGUUUGUGGGAGUUUAGGGUCAGGGUUAUGGUUAUAGUUAGGGUUAGGGUUAACCCUUACCCUAGCCCUAACCGUAACCAUAACCAAUCGGAAGAGAGCCCUUCUAACCAAUCAGAGGCGAGAAUCCUAGACUUAUCCUACGAAAAAGAAUAUCGCUCCCGGGCGGACCUUCAUGAGCCUGGGCCACGCCCCUCUGACCAGGCUGCGUUCCGAUCUUUGAUCGCUCCGAUAAAUCCUAUCAUCAGGUUAAGACGUCUGCUAGGUAACCACCUGGCUACUGUUUAUUCUCCUGACUUUUUAAAUUCCUCCUGGCACUAAAUCAUCUUCCCUGUGCUUUUUUUAAUGGAUUUAACAUUUUUUUAACCGAAUAAACCGUGACUUUUUAUCCAUUUGAAUUUCGUCUUCUUUUUGGACACCUGUCGGCAUUAUGGAUUACAUGGAUGAACUUUUCCUCACAACACAUGAGUUAAGAUUUCAAACAGAAUUCUAAUAACCACUAAGACACCCGACCAGCCUCUCUCCUCGGACCCGGGAUGGAGCGCCGGCCCCGGCUCUGCUUCCUCUCCACGGGGGGCCCUAACCCGAACCCGGGAUUCGGCUUCCACUUGCGGGGCGAGCGGACCCGGGGCGGCCAGUGGAUCCGGAGGGUCGAGCCCGGGUCGUGUGCCGAGCUCUCGGGGCUGCGAGCGGGCGACCGAGUGGUGGAGGUGAACGGAGAGAACGUGGAGCGGGAGACCCACCACCAGGUGGUGGAUCGUAUCCAGGCGGGUGUGCAUAGGACCCGCCUGCUGGUGAUUGACAGGGAGACCGACGAGUAUCUGCGGAGCCUCAACCUGCCCUGCACCGAGGACCUGGCGGUGGAGAUGGGGACCUUCUCCCCCCGCCCCUCCCCCUCCACCUCCCCCCUCCGCACCGGCCCCGCCUCCCCCAGAGAGCUGCUCAAACACUGGGCCAAACCCCCGGGGGGGCGGGGCGCCCCCUCAGCCAGCCCGCCCCCCCCCCUCCAGCGGCCCCGCCUCCCCCUCAGACCGCCGUCUGUCCACUGGCCCCGCCUCCCCCUCAGACCGCCGUCUGUCCACUGGCCCCGCCUCCCCCUCAGACCGCCGUCUGUCCACUGGCCCCGCCUCCCCCGCAGACCGCCGUCUGUCCACUGGCCCCGCCUCCCCCUCAGACCGCCGUCUGUCCACUGGCCCCGCCUCCCCCGCAGACCGCCGUCUGUCCACUGGCCCCGCCUCCCCCUCAGACCGCCGUCUGUCCACUGGCCCCGCCUCCCCCUCAGACCCCCCCCCCUCCACUGCCCCGCCUCCCCCACCUCCUCUCCUUGGACGGACGCAGAGCGGCCGACCGAGGCGUCGCCACCCCCAGCGCGGGGGGAGGAGGAGGCGGAGCUUGUGCCGCGCCUGUGUCACCUGACCAAGCAGGGGGAGGAGCCCGGCUACGGCUUCAACCUCCACAGCGACAAGAUGCGGCGGGGCCAGUUCGUGGGCUCGGUGGACCCUGGCUCCCCCGCCCAGAGGGCCGACGUCAGGGAGGGGGACCGACUACUGCAGGUGAACGGGGCGAGCGUGGCCGGGCUGCGUCACGCGGAGGUGGUGGCUCUGAUCCAGAAGGGCGGCCGAGAGACGAGGCUGCUGCUGGUCGACCUCGACACCGACGAGCUGUUCCUCAACCUGGGGGUGGAGCCCAGCAGCCAACACCUCCAGGAAGUGUCCGUGGACGGGCCGGUCAGAAGGAGCCCUUCCCGGGCCCCCUCCCCAGCAGCGGCCCUCCCCAGAGCGGAGCCACCAAUCAUCAACAUCACGGUGACCGACUCACCAAUCAAAAGCAGCUCCCCUAAGUCCACGACCAAUGGGAGCUGGGCGUCGCAAUCCUCCCGGAGCUCCACCACCCAAUCAGAGCUCAGCAGCUCGGACAUGAGCAUCCAGGUCCCUGACGAGGACGAGGGGGGGGCCCCGGACCCCUUCCUGGAGCUCGGCCUCCGACUGAGCCCCACCGCAGCCGAGGCCAAAGAGAAGGCUCUGGCCCAGCGGAGCAAGAAGAGAGCGCCCCCUAUGGACUGGGGCAGGAAGUACCAGAUCUUCAGCAACUUCUGAGAGACAUGGAACAGCAACGUGAGGUCCAGAGACACCAUGAGGGCCCCUGUAGACCACCAUGAGGGCCCCUGUAGACCACCAUGAGGGCCCCUGUAGACACCAUGAGGGCCCCUGUAGACACCAUGAGGGCCCCUGUAGACCACCAUGAGGGCCCCUGUAGACACCAUGAGGGCCCCUGUAGACCACCAUGAGGGCCCCUGUAGGCCACCAUGAGGGCCCAUGUAGGCCACCAUGAGGGUCCCUGUAGACCACCAUGAGGGCCCCUGUAGACCACCAUGAGUGUUAGGGCUCCUCUUCCUUUGGAGAGGAGAGUGGAUCAGACUAGCAGGGCUCUCCUUCAUCAACACUGUCACCAAUAAAUCGCUGCGUAAAACAUGCGUCCAGUUGUUUGACAAAACGUGCGAUGGAUCAAUUUGUCUUUGCUUGAAAACGUCAGUACAUGGGGAGUAUAUUAAUGCCCAGGCUCUGUUCCUCCCUACGCACAUCACAGUAGCACAAUGACCUGGAGGAGACCUGAAGAGUUAAUGCUAUGACAACUUCUACACAUGCUUACCCCCAGGAAGGAACAUGAUUUAAUGAUACAGUUCAGGUCCUUUGCUGAAAGUCGGCCGAUACGAUUAUCGUAUCAAAUAAGAGGAUAAUUGGCUCUAAUGGACGUCCAGUCAGUAGGAGGUAGUGUGAGGAGCUCUAGCAGGAGAGGAGACUGUACCAAUGAUAGUCCUCCAUCUUAAGCUUCUGUCCUCAGACCUCCUCACUCUGAACUGAAGGUCUUCACCGUUCUUCUGAUAUCCCCGCUUGCUCUCGCAUGGGCCUCAGAAACAACGACUUCGUCUAGUUUCUUGUAAGGCAGAAAUAAUGCACAAUGUUCCUGUAUGGGCCGGCUGCCUAACAUGUAUAUGCGAAAAACUUGCAAUAGAAAAGUGUUAUAUGUGGUUGGAUUAACAUGAGGAUAUGUUAUAUCAUGGUCAAUAUAGAUCUGGCUCCAAUACAUUCAGACCUCACCUGCAAGGUGUUUUAUGGGAGAAUUGUACACAACCGAAGCCCACGUUUGAUGUCGUCAACCAUGUCCUCAUAACAGACAUGUUGGCUCUGAAGGAGACCCUCUCUCCAGGGCACCGGGGGUUGUUGUACUGGUUCUCCCCAUCACACGGUGAGGGAUCAGAUGAAGAACCGACCAAUCAGAAGACACGAGAGACCGGGAGGAUGAUGGAAGCUCUUCUCAGCCUCCAGCUCCAACGUCAGACGGAUCACCAUAGCAACCACAACACUGGCCCGCCUCCCCCCCCACACACACGCGCAUACGUUUGAGGACUAAAAGCUGCAUAAAGUUUUUAUCUUAACAUAAAUAUAAAUGGUCCAACUAUACGGUCACAACACCGUUCAGCCAUUGUACAUAGAAAUAAGAAAAUAUGGUUGAAUACACCCAAAUUAUUUUAUUUUCAUUGAGCAUUCGCACAGGCAUGAUUGGGCCACACAGUAUCCUUCAUUCUACGAGGUCACCAAAGUGAUCAUGCAAACAGAACCCCUCUCUCCACAACCCUACACGCAAGAUCUAGAAACCAAAACAGACAACAUUCUUCAUCAGGAGCGUGUGAGGAAAGGCUGAAGCUAGAUUGGGGUUAUAGAUUGUGUUUCUCAUCAUUUGAUUUACUCUAUCACAUCUCAAGGAUCACAGUUUUGGUCGGAUCAGAUCACAUUUGUUAUGUGUCCAAAUGUCUACAAAGUAUUAACGAGCACAUCACCGCGAAUCAAUAAAAUAUAUCUAUGUAUAAAUCCCUGUAGACAAGUUAUCGCUAAAAAUCCUCUUCAUAAGUGACUUGAACAAAAAGAUGAAAUCAUCCUCCUAACAUUAUUGAUCGAAAGCUAACAUCAGCUGUGUUGGACGUGUUCUACUCGCUCUUUGGCAAUGGCGCUAGCGCUCCUAUGGCUGAGGUGUUGACGUGUCAAGGGUAAAAUCAUAGGACUAUAAAACACACCACACCAGCUUGCAUAUGUGCACACACACACAGUCAGGUUGACAACAGCGCAUGCACACAAAGUAGGAGGGCAAAACGAAAGCCCUUUUCUAAAUGAAUGUGCAGUCUGCAUGUUGGAUGUUCACAUUCUAACUAGAAAAGAAUAGAAAACAUGCUCCUUGGCAUUACUCAUGCACACUUACACACAUGCAAUUUCUCUCACAGGGAAAUUGACGGACACACACUCACUCACACACCAGUAAUAUGGCAAGGUUAGUCGUUGUAAAAGUGCGGAUUAGUCGCAGUUUCACAAGUUGUUUUUAUUUGCCAUUAAGUAUCGGGAUAACUGCCAGUCAGACACGUAAUAUCACAGCAACACAGCAUGACAAACACGGACGUCAGGGUCAACACAUCUUUUAUGGGUGAGGUUAAAAAAAAUAAUAGUCCAUACAAAAAAUAAAAAAGUGCAAAACAACAGUUACUGAAAAUAGCAUUAAUUGAAAUAUUCUUUUUUGUGUUAAUUGUGCGAUUUUACGUUCACUACAGAAACCAAAAAUCAAUCAGCAGCAGCAAAGGAAAAAAAAGUUAUGGACCAUUUAAAAACGUUAGAAAGAUUGCAAUGAUACAAUCACUGUUCACUUAAGAUAUCAUUAUGGCCUCCAAUGGAUAUCGUUACGCAUGUAGACACACACACACACACACACACACACACACACACACACACACACACACA